AUGGCUCAGGAGGCCGGCAGCUACCGCGCCGGAAUCGAAGGACAUGGCAACAUUCCAGAAGAGCAGGCUGAGUCGCACAUCUUCUUUGCCUCACCCAGUGGCUUGAGCCUGGCUUUCGUCAACCUGAAGCCCCUGGUUCCUGGCCAUGUCCUGGUACGUCACGCCGCGAAGGGUGGCUCCCAGGAGUUCGACGACUUGUUCCGCACUGUUCGCUUGGUACAGGCUCUGGUGGAGCGCCACUACGGAGCCGAGGCUUCCCGGCUCGGCAUCCAGGAUGGUCCCGAUGCCGGCCAAUCGGUUCCUCAUGUCCACGUGCGUGCACAUUCUACCCAUACCAUCGAAGACGGUCGACUCCACACUCUAAGCCCUUGGACCACUCCAGCAUCGCACAAUUGUGAUUUUGUCUUGCCGACCCGGAGAGUGGACGUGCCUCCAAUCGUGAUUUGGCAAGGUCAGCUCUGUAACGUUCACACAAUGGAGUUGCCCUUGAAAGCCGCGGUUGCGGUACUCGUUUUCGUCUCAGCACCAUUUGUCGCCCAUGGUAUCCAGCCAAGGCCGGCAUCGGAGGAGCUUCAAGCACUGCCCAGCAUAGAAUGCCUUGAAGCUCGCUUGAAAGAUCCGAACGCCAACUGCGAUGACCUCGCACCACAAGAUGGCAGGACGGUGAAAGUUGUCUUCAACAUGUCGCAGGUGGCUCCCCGAACUACUUCGGGUGACAAGCAGAAUGCUUCUGACUCCAGCGAGGAGAAUGUUGUCGUUCGAUUCUCCAUGAAUCAGACCAAUGGACAGCAAACCUCGGUGAAAGAUAUUUCGCUGUACAACUUCCCAAACUACCAGGAGCCUGUGUGCAGAAGCAACGAUGCGCCUGUUUGUGAUCCCUACGCUUUCCUCAGCACCUCGGAAGGCCAGACUCUGUCUUUGGAGCUGGAGAAGCUGCGAUCGCAGUAUCUGGUGGUUUGUGAGGACCUGAUACAAGAGCCGAUCGACCAGCGGCACUUGCAGCCCUUCUACGUGGGAGUGGCCAUCGCCCAGGCCAAUGGAGCUGAAAUGAGCCUGUCAACCCUGCGACAGUAUGGACACUUAAUUCUGUCUGAAUGGAACAUGGGAAACUCCGCUGCCAACGGGCAGAUCAUGCGUUGUCCCAAUCAGGCUCUGCUUCUGAUCGUUCCGGACAGAAGCCAGGCAGUGCUGGUGACGGAGUCUUGUCGGUAUGUGUGCGAGGAGCAAGGUGCCAAGGCCCCGCAAGUCGUGACGAAGUCGCUGCAUACUGGCAGUGUGGCAGAUGCAGUCUUGGCUGGGGUAAGGUCUGUGUACACCUCCCUUCCGAACACAGUGGCUCAGGGUGAGGACAUGCCACUGCCAGCAGUCAAAGCACAGGCGAUCCCCUCGGAGAGCAACGCCGAGACAACGGUCCUCUUUGUGCAGCGUGCCAUCUUUGCCUUUGCCGUCAUGGCACUUGGCUUCAGCUUGCUGGUUGGCGAUCCCAUCCCGAGCAUGAGUAUGUCGAGACGCCUUGGCCUCGGUGGGUUCUUGGCUCAGCAUGGUACGGAGGCAGCCGUUGCAGUGCAACGCCCAGCUAUCCAUGAUGCAAACACAAGUGAGGCGGAAGCCAAGUCUGCCGGUGGAAUUUUGCUGCCUGACUCCGCCAAGCAGGAAAUGAAUCAGGCGAAGGUGUUGGCUGUUGGACUCGGGCGAAGAAACCAGCAAGGUGAGAUCAUCCCGAUGCAAACCCAGGUCGGAGAUGUCGUGGUCAUCCCUCGGUAUGGUGGAACAGAGGUGCAAGAUGGGAACGCACUUGCAGCACAAUGUGAUCUGUUCUUCCAUCAUGUUAUUCGUCUGCAUGCUCCAGUUAAGCAAUACUUGCAGAUCAAGCUUGACGACGAAGAGUACCAAAUCUACCGGGACGAGGCAGUGCAGUUGCGUUUCUCAGUCAAGACAUCGCAGCAAUUAGCCAGUUAUGUUUACGACGGCAGAAUCAAGUUGUCGAACAUCCAUGAAAGUGGGGUUGAGCGGUUCCCAGCUGAGGACCCGCCACGAUGCCGACUGUGCCGGCACGGGCAAGGCAGUCCAGUUUCUACCGCUGCCCCUCCAGUGAGGUCGCUAGCUCUAGGCGCUACUUGUCCGGUGAGGCCACAAGCCUGCCAAACGAGAGAGAGCGAGAGAGAGAGAGAGAGAGACUGCGUAACGGUUGGGGGCGCGACAGCGCGCGGGCUAGGGGAGCUCCCCUAG